AUGGCCCGUACCAAGCAGACUGCCCGUAAGUCCACUGGAGGCAAAGCCCCACGUAAACAGCUGGCCACAAAGGCCGCUCGUAAGAGCGCCCCAUCCACUGGAGGAGUGAAGAAGCCUCAUCGUUACAGGUGAGAUGAGCAAAAACAACAUCCACACAGGUGAUUACACAGUUGUUUUUUUUACUGGCAAGGAAAAACCUUUAAUUUUCUUUUUCUAGAAAUCGGUGCAAAAUAAUGUAUUAAUCUCUAUUUUAUGAAUUCUCUGAGCAAGUUUGUGUGGAUUUGAGUGUUUGUUUCAUCAAAACAAACAACGAGUACAAACAUCACUGGCACCUGCACAAAAAAGAUGCAGUCAUCAGAAACCAGGAUACAAGAGUUUAUCAUGUAUUUUAGAUAUAGAUAACCAGAUUACCUGCAAGCAUGUAAACAGCCUUUUCCCUGAUGAGCAAAACUUGGAUACAGCCCACAACCUGUAAACUCAAGUAACAGUAGAUACAGUCAGUGAAUCAGCUGGAAGUUGAAAAUUUUGCAAUGUAAAAUUUGACAUCAAAAAAGGGAAAUUCUGCCUCUCUAACCUGUUUAAAACAUGUCUUCGUCUGUGUGCUGUGAAGGCCUGGUACUGUGGCUCUGCGUGAGAUCCGUCGUUACCAGAAAUCCACUGAGCUGCUCAUCCGCAAGCUGCCCUUCCAGCGCCUGGUGAGAGAAAUCGCCCAGGACUUCAAGACCGAUCUGCGUUUCCAGAGUGCAGCCAUUGGAGCCCUGCAGGUUAGUAGCACUUACAGUAGAAAAGUCUUAAGCUGAUACUGUUUUGAAUCACUCCAACUGAAAAACAAAUGUUUUGACUCUGCUAUCUGCAGGAGGCCAGCGAGGCCUACCUGGUGGGUCUGUUUGAGGACACCAACCUGUGCGCCAUCCACGCCAAACGUGUCACCAUCAUGCCCAAAGACAUCCAGCUGGCACGCCGUAUCCGUGGGGAGCGUGCUUAA